CUUCGUCUCUCUUCUCUCCCAAUUCAAUUUACUCGUGAUUGUAGGACUGUAUCAUGUCCCCUUACAAUCAGUGGCUGAGUUAUGAUGAGAGCAGCUCGCACUUGUCUCCAUUUCGGAGUGAAAUUAGCUCCAUGCUACGGUCUAGCAUUUGCCUUACUAUGAUGGACUCUAUUCUAUCAUGGAGAUAGAUAACCCAAUGAAGAUACCUAUAUAUAGAGGCGGCCCAGUCUCUACCUACAUAUAUCGACUCUUUAAGAUUCCUGAUACAGCGACUCAGACACAACAUGAUAUCUCGAUACGACCUCUUAGCAAACGUUUUCGUAACCUUAGCAGCUAGUAAUGUCGCUCUGGCUGCCCUCAAUGGACAUUGUCCUCCUUUAGGACCAGUCUUACCUGCUCCGACGAAUCCCGCAGCACACCAAUCGGUCCAAUUAGCCAUACAUAAUAUUACGGACGCCUUCCACAACCUUACUGCUGAACUUAAUUAUACCGGUAUAUCGAUCGCAGUUAAGUCUAUACACGAGGACUCUCCGCUUCUAGAGCUUCAUCACACACCCGCAGUUCUCAACCCUAAUGGGACCGCCGUUAUUGAUUCGCAGACUGUGUAUCGACUUGGAAGCAUUUCCAAGAUAUUCGCCGUUCUCUCUCUUCUACAGCAGAGCCAAGUAAAGAUGGACGACGUCAUCACGAAAUAUGUCCCCGAAUUACUUGAACUCGAAGGGGAGAUAGACGAAAUCAGCGACAUCACUACAGUUAGGUGGAACGAGGUAACCCUUGGUGCACUUGCAUCACACAUGAGCGGUAUCGGCACAGAUUUGGUCAAUGAUUUGGCUAGUAUCCCGACAGACUGGACCCAAGUUGGUUUGCCCAAGUUGAACGAGUCCUCGAAAACUGGAUGUGCAGGAGUCCUUGGCCUUCCACCAUGUAAUAGAACGGAAUUUUUCCGAGAUUUCGGAAAACGCCAUCCGGUAUACGCCCCGUUCACAAACCCGGUCUACUCGAAUGUUGCAAGCGUUAUCCUAGGCUUUGCUGUUGAGGCGAUCACCAAUACGACCUACGAAAACUAUGUGAGGCAGUCGAUCUUUGGGCCUCUUUCUAUGACGAAUACCACGAUAUUCACUGGUCCCAAAGAGAACUCGUGGGGGUUUAUUCCGGUGAAUGAGACUUGGUGGGGGAGUAGUUUAGGAUACGAAGACAUGGCUGGUGGCUUCUAUUCAAACACACUCGACCUACUUUCUUUUGGUACUGGCCUUCUAAAGCAUACUGUACUAGAUUCGGUUAAGACGAGGAAAUGGAUGAAACCAUUGACAUCCACUUCUUCGUCUGGCCUCCUUUUGGGAGGACCGUGGGAAAUUAUUCGGUCUAAUACUGUCACGAAGGAUAAACGCCUUAUUGAGUUCUAUUGCAAAGCUGGAAACUUGGCUUCAUAUAACAAUGAGCUUUGCCUCAUACCAGAUUACGAUCUUGUUAUUACAAUUCUCUCGGGCGGACCACAAUCCAAUGCCGACCUAGUCGAUUUAACUCUGUCGAGAAUCGUCCAAGGUCUGCUUCCUGCCAUCGAAGACGCUAGUAAGGCAGAGGCUAUACCAAAGUUUGGUGGUACUUAUGCAGAUGCUACUACGAACUCGACCAUCACCCUUUCUCUAGACGACGCUCCCGGCUUUUCCGUCUACGACUGGGUUAUCCGCGACGUUGAUAUCAUCAAGAACUACGGCAGAUUUGCAGCGUUAUCGAGUAGUCCGACAGAUAGAGCCGUCUCUGUUCGACUGUACCCCACAAACUUGGGCUCGCAAUGCCAUACUGCGUGGCGAGCUGUUUUUGAUAUUGGUACCCCCGAACAACUCGCUGCAAAGGAAUCAAACUUAUUCUGGUCCGAUGCAAGUUGCCAUACAUGGGGGACCAUGGAUAGGCUCACGUAUGGGUUUCGAUCGAUGGACGAAUUCGUUUUCGAGCUUAGCAGCAAUGGAUCAGCGCAGAGUGUGAAUCUUAGAACGUUCAAAGUUGAACUAGAGCGGAAAUUAUGAGAAAAACGCCACGCUAAUUUGACUCUUAAGCAUUAGACAAGGGUACCAGGUACGCAACGGAUUAUAAUGCUAAACCUUUCUACUUCGUAUACGUCUAUAUUUCCAUAUAUUGACUUAUUAUUCAUAUAUAUUAACAUAACGUCUCCAAAUGUUGAUCCAGUACUGGUUCAUUU